AUGAUUCUGCGGCCAACGGGAUCGAUACCCAGCAUUCACAUUCGGCAGAUUGCCAAAGGAAACUUCCCGGGAAACAACGAGACAUUGGCCAUGAGCUCUGGACAUCUGGACAGCGAGGGCAAAGACUUGUGGGAGGACUUCAAAAAGCUGCCAAAUGUAAAGCGCAUUCUAUCAUUGGGUGGUUGGGCAUACUCGACAGAGCCCGCCACGUAUGGUAUUAUCCGAAAUGCCAUCGUCAAUAACAGUCAAGUUUUUGCCGGUAACUGCGCACAAUUUGUCAAGGACGAGGGCAUCGACGGUGUCGAUAUUGAUUGGAAAUACCCUGGUGCAUUUCCUUUCGACCGGAUUGCUUCUAUUGUUGACUGUAUCGUGUAUAUGGCGUAUGACUUGCAUGGCCAGUGGGAUGCCGGUAACCCCAACGCCUUUGACGAAUGCCCAUCUGGUAGAUGCAUUCGAAGUCAUGGUUCCCGUACAGAUUCAUCCGCGAAUCCUGGUCGCUGUACCAACACCAGAGGAUACCUAGCCUAUGCGGAGAUCAAAGAGGUAAAAAGAGCGGGAGUCAAUGUGAAGACGUUCCACGAUGACGACUCCAACACGGAUGUUUUGCUCUACAAUGCAGACCACGUCGGUUACACGACUCCAACAACGAAAGACACGCGACGAACAGACUGGCGGAAGCUUAAUUUCGCUGGGACAAUUGACUGGACCGUCGACUUGCAAAAAUUCUCCGAGGACGAGAUGACCAACACUGAUCAGCCUAUAUCGGGCCAAGCCUGUGUAUCGGGCCAUGACGUGACCCUAGAAACUGCCGAAAUGUGCGAGUUUGCGUGUGAACAUGAUUUCUGUCCUCCAUUCUUGUGCAUUUGCGAUGAGAAGGGAAAGCUCAAGGGUCUGCCAGCCGAGAAGAAGGACGUCGAGGGUCAUCACCUCGGCACAUUCUGCAAUGAGAGUCAGCCUCAAUGGGCAACCAUUACCUGCCCCCCGGAAGCUGGCAAACCCAAUUGGCGACAGGACGGCAAGGCGACUUUGACUUGGGCGGUACAGCAUGACGGUAACGAGUGGGAAGACAAAGCACAUCGACAGGAGCCCCAAUGUGAGAGGGACGAGUAUCCACCCGCAUAUCCCAUGAAUAUGCAAGACGACGCUUGGAAAUGGGGCGGGCAGCCGCAGGGCAAUGGGCAGCUCGUCCGCUUCCUCCCCGCCAAACAGAACCAGAAGGCCGGGAAACUUUGGCAGGGCAUCUGCUUCGAGGGGCCUGUAGGGGCCAUUUCAGACACAGACUUGGUAAAUCGCGUCAGGAAUACGCCAGCCAAGCAGCAGGACGUUUUCAAGGACGCCGACAAACCGCCACCUUUGCCGAGAUUACAGUUGCCCAAAGACCACGAUGGCAAAUGGCGCAAACCCACUCCCCAACGAUGGCGUCCGUGGCCUUGCAUCUAG